AUGGACUGGCGUACCAUCGUCGCGCACGAGUACAAGGGCGCCGGCACACCCGAAGAUCCAUACGUCGUGGUGUGGCUCCCAAACGACACUGAGAACCCAUAUCGGUGGACACCACUCUACAAGUGGACGUUGACAAUCAUGGCCGCGAUGGGGACACUGGCCGUCACGAUGGGCUCGUCAGUCCUCUCCGCUGCUAUGGGCAGCAUCCGCAGCGACUUUCCAGACCACAACGAUCAGAUACUGACAUUAGUGACCGGCAUCUAUAUUCUGGGCUUCGUGCUAGGGCCGUUCCUGUGGGCGCCAUAUUCGGAGGUCUAUGGGCGCCGCGCAACAUACAUCCUCACAUUCAUCCCGCUCACGGCGUUCGAUGCCGGCGUGUGCGGCGCACCAACAUUGAAUGCGCUGCUGGUACUCCGCUUUCUGGCUGGCACGUUCGGCUGCUCGUCCAUGACUAGCGCCGGAGGUCUGAUCAGUGACAUGUUUGAGAGCUCGGAUCGAGGACUCGCUAUGGGCGUGUUCGGCGUCAUGCCGUGGCUCGGGCCCGUCGUCGGGCCUAUCUGUGGCGGCUUUCUCUCGUACGCUAAAGGCUGGCGCUGGGUGGCGGCCGUCGCGGCGUUCUUCGCUGGCGCGCUCACAAUCGUGCAUAUCGUGUACAUCCCCGAGACAUACGGACCUGUGCUUUUGCGGGAGCGCGCGCUCAAGCUUUCGGCUGCAACGGGGCGUGUGUACAAGUGCGAGGACGACGUGAUUAAGCCUCUAAACCACCGCGACCUCGUCAUCAACCAGUUCAAGAUGCCCUACAUCCUCUUGUUUACCGAGCCGAUCGUUUUCGUGUUCUCGAUCUACAUGGCGGUGAUUUUUGGCCUGCUUUACAUGCAGUUCACAUCGUUCCCGCUCGUGUUCCAGGGCGCGCGCGGCUGGUCGCCUGGUAUCGCAGCGCUCGCUUUCAUCGGUAUCGCCGUCGGCUCCAACACCGCACUGGGAUACAUGAUCUUUGCGGGCAACCCGAAGUACGCUCGCGAGCUGGAGGAAAAGGGUGCGCUGCCGCCUGAGGCGCGAUUGCCGACUGGUCUUAUCGGAGCCAUUCUCCUGCCUAUCGGUCUCUUCAUUUUCGCGUGGACGUGCGUGCCCAUUUCGAUCCACUGGAUCGUGCCCAUCGGUGCGACCGUGCCCUAUGGGGCGGGCCUCGUCCUCAUCUUUCUCGCGUGCAACAACUACCUCGUCGACAUGUUCUGCCACAACGCGGCCUCUGUCCUGGCGGGCGGCACCGUCGUGCGCUCCAUCAUGGGCGUCGUGCUCCCGCUGUGCACCGUGGAGAUGUACGAGGCGCUCGGCAUCAACUGGGCAUCUACGCUCGUCGCCUUCCUCUCGCUCAUUUUCGUGCCCGUCCCGCUCAUUCUCAUGAAGUACGGCCGGCGCAUCCGGCGCAUUACGCAGCGCGGGCGCGACUCGGACGACCACAUGGAGGAGAUUGUGCGCGCAACGACGGCGAAGCGCGAGCGCGGCGACCCCGAGCUCGGCCCCAUCGAAGAAAAGGACGAGCUCGAGGACCAGUUCGACCGCAGCGUACCGCCUGCGCGUGCGGCAUCGCCCACGUGCCCCGGCAUUGCACCGGUGCGUUGCAAUACGCGCGAUGAGCGCAGCGCGCAAAUGAUUGUGCCUUAGAUGGCGCGCGGUUGAACCCUCGAACAUGGACAUGGCUCCGGACUUGGACUCUGGCUCGCUGGCAUACGCACCUGCUCACAAACUCAUUGAUAGAUUUGACAAAUAGACGCAUUCGUCAAUUGUAUGCAUUCAACUUUC